CGCAGAGCAAGGCCCCGCCCUCCCCAGGGACUCAUUGUGCAGCAACCGGAUUGACUUCUUCUUGUGCGCGCGGGCCAGCGGGAUCCGUGUCGCCCUUCCCCCCCCCCUCUGCUUACUUCACAAGCAAGCGCGAGCCUGAUAGGGGACAGAGCCCUCCACUUCCCUCGGCAGGAAGGGGUUUGAGACCGCUCGCGUCGCGGCCCUGAGCGCCAACAUCACGACCGCCCCCUCCCUCUUUUCUCUCUCCUCUCUCUCUCUCUCUUGCGGCCCCGCUCUCUUCCAUCUUCUUUCCCCCCCUUGUCUCCGCGAGCUUGCCAUUCCCCUCACGUUGCCUGCGGGCCUCGAGACUUCUCCCCUCUUCUCUUUCCCGAGGCGCCGCCGCCGCCUUUAACGGACGGGAAGCAAAAGCGGGCAAACGGCGCGCGUCCUCCCAGAGGGACUCAUCCCGCGCCGGCAGCAGCAGCAGCAGGUGGGAUCGAGGCCCACGUUCUAGGCGUCUGUUUUGCAGACGCGCGCGCAAGCGAAGCCAACAGAAAGCGGGUGUGGGGGGGGGGGCAGGAACGCGGUCGCCUGCUCUCUCUCUCUCUCUCUCUCUCUCUCCCUCUCUCCCCCCCCCCCCCACCUUCCACUGUUUCGCAGCGCUUAACCCUUCCCCAUUUCCGCGACGGCCGGCCUGUCCGCCGGCCCGCCCGCCCGCCAGUCAGUCAGUUUCCCCUUCCGGGCCGGCAAGAGCGCACGGCGUUGGCUGUAUCGCGGGGCUUAAAAGUCUGAAACAGCCGGGCUUUCUUGACGUGCCGCGGCUGCCUUGACGCCUAUUUCCCUCACCUUCCCGUUUUUGUGUGGUGUUUUUUUUUUUUUUUUUUAAAUCGCCGCUUUAGAGGCAGCGCAUAAAGUCAAAAGCCCGGGAGGCGCGACCUGGGCGAAGAGUCUCUCGGUUGCCCUCCGCUCGGCUUUUUUUAUUUUAUUUUUUUUGGUUUUUUUUUCCCGCCCUCCGUUUCGCUCGAGGGCCUUGAACGCGUGCUGAGGGGGAGAGAGAGAGAGAGAGAGAGAAAGCAGGGGCGCCCGGCCCUUUUUCUCGCUGCCGCCAGCGCCAUGUUGAAACAACCGCUGCCGCCGCCCUCCCCUCAACCUGCUGCGCCUUCCUCGGGCCCCCCUCCUCCCACGCCGCCUCCGGUUGUUGCCGCCGCCGCUUCCCGCAAAGCCAACCCACCCCCGGCCAGCCCCAACGGGAACCUCAGCCCCGGGGCCGCGGGCGGACCGAGAGCCACAAUGGUGGCACCCCCGGGUAGCGGCGGAGGAGCCCCCCCUGGAGGAAGCGGCACCAGGGGCCAGAGUACAGGCAAAGGACCUCCACAAUCUCCUGCUUUUGAGGGUGUUUAUAACAAUUCCCGAAUGCUUCAUUUUCUAACAGCAGUUGUGGGAUCAACAUGUGAUGUGAAAGUGAAAAGUGGAAGCACAUUUGAAGGAAUUUUUAAAACCCUGAGUUCUAAGUUUGAGCUGGCUGUGGAUGCUGUGCACAAGAAAGUGCCCGACCAGCCAGUAGGGCCGAGGAGGGAGGAUAUUGUAGACACUAUGGUUUUCAAGCCUGCUGAUGUCAUGUUAGUGCACUUCCGCAAUGUUGAUUUUAACUACGCCACCAAAGAUAAGUUCACAGAUUCUGCCAUCGCCAUGAAUUCUAAAGUGAAUGGGGAACACAAAGAGAAAAUACUACAACGCUGGGAAGGGGGAGAUAGCAACAGUGAUGAUUAUGACUUAGAAUCAGAUAUGUCUAAUGGCUGGGAUCCAAAUGAGAUGUUCAAAUUCAACGAGGAAAAUUACGGUGUGAAGACAACAUAUGAUAGCAGUCUCUCAUCAUAUACAGUCCCUCUUGAAAAAGAUAAUACAGAGGCUUUUAGGCAAAGAGAGGCCAGAGCUGCACAGCUGGCACGAGAAAUUGAGUCAAGCCCACAGUAUAGACUGCGUAUUGCAAUGGAAAAUGAUGAUGGGCGCACAGAAGAAGAGAAGCACAGUUCAGUGCAAAGACAAGUGUCUGGAAGAGACAGCCCCAGUUUGGUUUCCAGAGAGGGCAAAUAUAUCCCACUUCCCCAACGUGUCAGAGAAAGCUCCAGAGGAGGCAUACGCUGCAGUAGUUCUAGAGGAGGGAGGCCAGGCAUGGGCUCUUUGCCACCCCGUGGGAGUUCACAUCAUUCAGAAAGCAACACUGGCUCUGCUCCAGAGCAACGAGGUAUCAAUGGAGGUCCAUCUAGAAUGUCUCCAAAGUCUCAACGACCCAAUCGAGGGGCCAAGAAUAUGUCUUCCCCGACCAGCCGACCCAUGGAAGUCUCUGCUGCAUCUCCUACAGUGGGCCGUCUCUAUGCUCCUCGUUCACCGAAGUCUGCCUCAACUGUUCCAGUCUCUUCCCAAGAUCCUCCUGUGGGAUCAGCUAUCCCUAUUGCUCCUGCAUCACCUUCUGAGUCAAGGACUACCAUGGAAUCGAGUGCUUCCCCGACCCCACCUUCACCUAAAGUCCCAGCAUCUAUCCCAGUAGCUGCUGUUGAAGUUAAAGAGGUGCCUAGCUCUGCCACCAAAGAAGCCGGCAGGGCUGUAGAAGUUAUGGGACCCUCAGACUUGGUCAAACAGACUAGCAAAGGCCUCCAAAAUGAGCAAAAGAGGAAUCAGCUCGAAGAGUUGAGGAAGUUUGGAGCCCAGUUUAAGUUACAGCCCAGCUCCUCUCCAGAGGCCACCCACGACCCCUUCCGGCCAAAGGAGUCUCUUGAAGGGAAAGUAAAAGACAAGCUGCCAGAGGUGUUGGUUGGGGCAGGCAGUUCGUGUGAAGUGUCUGAAGAGUGUCCCAAGCCCAGCCUGGAUUUCUGUGAAGGCAGCAGCAAGGAGGAGAAAGGAUCCUCUGAGGGCAUGGAACGCCAGACCCAGACUGCCAGUCCUCUGGGUAAAGGGGAAGCAGAGGACAAGGAAGAUGGUCCUGUCUCAGAGCAGGUGAAGAAAUCAACAUUGAAUCCUAAUGCAAAAGAAUUCAACCCCUCAAAGACACUUCUUUCUGUGAACAAAUCAACAAGUACGCCUACAUCACCAGGGCCUCGGACCCAUUCUACACCCUCCAUCCCAGUGAUUACCCCAGGGCAAAGUGGCAUGUACAGCACACAAUAUAUUUCUUACAUCCCACAGAUUCACAUGAACCCUCCUGUGCAGACACCUCAGAUGUACCCCUAUCCUGUUUCCAAUUCUGUGCCUGGACAGCAGGGGAAAUACCGAGCUAAAGGGUCUUUACCUCCCCAGCGUUCAGACCAGCACCAGCCCACCUCAGCUCCUCCCAUUAUGCAAGCAGCAGCAGCUGCAGGGCCCCCUCUGGUAGCUGCUACUCCAUACUCUUCAUACAUCUCCUACAACCCUCAGCAGUUCACAGGACAACCUACUAUGAUGCAGCCCAUGGCCCACUAUUCCUCGCAGCCUAUGUUUGCCCCCAUGCUGCAGAGUAACCCCCGUAUGAUGACAUCUGGCAGUCACCCCCAAGCUAUCGUCUCAUCAUCUACUCCACAAUAUUCUCCAGCAGAACAACCUACACCCCAGACUCUUUAUGCCACAGUGCAUCAGUCGUAUCCCCAUCAUGCCACACAGCUGCAUCCGCAUCAGCCUCAACCAGCUACCACACCCACGGGCAACCAGCAGCAAACCCAACAUGCCGCCCCCAGCCCUGUGCAGCACCAAGCUGGACAGCCCCCUCAUUUGGCCAGUGCUCAGCAGCAGCAGAACCUAUACCACACAGCUACACUGACGGCUACACCACCAUCCAUAACCCCAGGGCCCAGCGCUCAGUCUCCACAGAGCGGUUUCCCACAGCCGACAGUUUAUGCCAUUCAUGCCCAUCAGCAGCUGCAGCACGGAUACACCAACAUGGCCCAUGUCACUCAGGCCCAUGUCCAGACUGGAAUUGCAGCUGCCCCACCACCUCACCCUGGAGCUCCCCAAGUCAUGUUACUGCAUCCCUCACAGACUCAUGGUGGACCCCCUCAAGGAGGUGUGCCCCAGAGUGGUGUGCCCACGCUUUCCGCCUCCACACCAUCCCCCUACACAUACAUAGGGCACCACCAAGUUCAGUCUCAUCCCUCCCAGCAGCUUCCAUUCCACACCCCUGGGAAUUGAUGUCCACGCUUCUCCCUGUGACCUGAGACCCCAGCCAGCUAUGGCUCUGUUGCUGACCCCCCCAAGCCUGGGCCAUCCCUUGUGCCCAAGGCAGAGGCCCCUGAAGGGAUGCAGUCUGGCCCAGCCCCUUUUGGCAAGCACCUUCCUUUCCGUUGGUUUAGUGAAGCCUGCCCUGGGUACUGUUGACCAGCGGGAUGGAGCAAGACCCCUUUCUAUUGCCCAGAGAAGGGCAGGGUUUAUUUUCUUUUAUUUAUAACUCCACUGGGGUUUUUAGAGCAAAUGCCACUUUCCCACAUUAACUUGACAAGGACAUGACCAUAUGGACAAAUCUUGACUUUUUAUUAAGUAAAAAUAUUUAAAAAGUUAAAAAAAUAAAAAUUUAAACUAACUAAUGUUGGGCUUGGGGUGAAUGUGUGGGAGGGCCAGUCUGUAAGCAACAAUCCUUAAUUGUGGUUCUGCAGCAUCAGAGAGGAAGAAUUUGUGACCUGUCCAGCAUACAUAGCUCAACCAGACUUGAAGAACUGUUUUGGAAUUCAGCAUUGUUGUCUAGCAGCAUAAUUUUCCUCUCUGAAAAUAGAUCAUCAAGGAUUAGUAGUUUGAGUGACAGUGAAACAGAUCCUAAAGCAGUAGUUUUUAGUGCUGGGUUAUCCUGUGAAUGCAAUUACACACCAAUUUAAAACUUUUUAAUUGAUGCUUUUAUUGGAAUCAAUGACACAUUAAAUUUAAGGACUUUGGAGAUGGGCAAAAACAGUAUACUUGUGCCAUAAUUCAAUUUGGCCUCUGAAGGAAUCUUGGUUGCUAUUGUUUUUUCAUAAUUAUAAAGAGAAAACAAGGAUGAUGCUGUGACUGAGAUGUUAAAUCUUUAUUUGUAGAGACUAUUUUGAAUCACUUUAAAGUCCCGGUUUUAUACCUCAGCAAGUCACCAUCAGAAUUCUUUUAAAAUGAAUGCAGGUUAAGUUCAGUGUUGUGGACCAUGACCUUUUUGCUGCUCUCCAAUGAAAUUCAGUUUUCAUUUGUCAACCUGCUUACAGUGUCAUAGUCUUACUUUGAUCCUGGCUAGUCAAUCUGAGGUGAUCGCGAACCUUUUCGGUACCAAGUGCCCAAACCAGAACACACGUGUGCACAAAUGCACCGCAGCCAGAAACUCGAAGACCAGUUGGCCGGUGCACAUGCAUGUGCUGGCCACCUGGUCUUCUGGUUUCCAGUGCAUGCAUGCACGCCGGCCAUCUGGUCUUCAAGUUCCGGGGCUGUGGUGCAUGCGUGUGCAUGUAUGUUCCUGUUUGGGCACUCUGUGCCACCUCUGGCAUGCAUGCUAUAGGUUGGCCAUCACGGAUAUAGAAAAUCUGGCAUUGUAUAUAUUCAGCUGUAAUCUGAACCAACAGUUGUGAAGUGGUGAAUAAAGGAAAUAUCCUUUUUUUUAAACAGGAAAAAACAUAGAAGAAAACAAAUUUUAGAAUUAAGGAUAAUAUUAGUCCCUUCUCAACUAUUAUAAUUCUGCUGAUCAUAUUUGUGGAACGGGUUGGCAAUGCUUAAUCGGGCUAAAAAUUUGUACAUUAAAUUUUAUCAAACUCUU